AUUUCAGGAUAAGUAAAUAUUUUGUUUGGGCUUUUUUUUUUCUGUAGCGAAUUUAGUCACCAGUAGACCGCACGUGAUGGGGUUGGUGGUGGGAGCAAGGAAACCUCUUUUUUGGAGAAAAAAAAUUCCCUUAAAUUUCCUUUCAUUAUUGAAAUGUUAAUCUGACAUUUUAUUCCCCAUUUUAGCUUAAUUGCCGUCCAGGACAUACCUCGGCUACCUGGACCAUUUGUCCAGGAUUUUUGAUGAUUCGAGGGUUAAUGGUUUGUUGUAAAUGAUUUGUGAUGGAAAACGUUGGUGCGGUGUCCUUUACUCUGGUUGGAAUCGGUACCAGGAUGCGAACCCAGUAUCUACCAACCAAUCUCAUUUCAGAUGGCUUAACCACUGUGUAUACACCACCGACACCGAUUAAUCUAGCAUAUUAAAUCUACAGUUUUGUUUCUCUCCCACACGUCACCCGUGUAACAACAAUGAUAUUGAACAUUUGUUGUCAGUUUUGUCAUUGAUUUUACGAUCAUAACUAACUACAUCCGAGGGAUAAAGUUGGCUGCAGUGACCUGCUAGUUAACCUUUCUUUCUCACCUACCAACUGCAAUUGCCACCAUGAAUCAAUGAUCAGGGACGUAGCUACAAGUGGCAAAACUCGUUGUUUAAACAGUGUGUUGAAGAUUGCUGUCCUUUCCUGUAAAUGAGCGGGAUGUUGUUCAGUGGUAGCGAUCGUCAGGGGUGCGACGGGACUAAUGCUGGUACACUAAAGGCUGUGUUUAAUAAAUCGAUGUGCUCUAGUGCUGCCGUGAAGCAAAACAAACUUUAAUGUUUUUUUACUCAUCCGCUGGAGAUAAUUCUUUGAGAUGUAUGGCAUCACUCGGCGAUAUCACAGAGAUCGAUUUAAAGAGAUUUGAUUGGCUCCUUCACUAUGAAGCCAAACUAAUGACAUUAACAUUACUGAAACUGAUUGCUCUAAGAUAUAAGUUAUUUGUAUAACAGUAAAUACGUAUUGGUCGGUAAAAAUGUUUUAGAAAUGUUUAAACUUGGAUUUUGAAGAGAUCUUAGGAUAUUACACUUGUGUCCGUUAGAUACCAUUUAUCUUAUACCAUAUUUGGCAUUCUCUAUUUCUCUUCAAACAUUAAAUUUUCUUUUAAACUUGGCUUUUAGGGAUAUCUUAGGAUAUUACACGUGUGUCCGUUACAUAACAUUUAUAUUAUACGACACAUCUGUAGUAUUCUCUAGUUGUGGCCAAACGUUUAAGUUCCUUUUAAACUUGGAUUUUGAGAAUAUACCAUUUAUAUUAUAUGCCACGUUUGUGGUAUUCUCUAGUUGUGGUCAAACGUUUAAAUUUCUUUUAAACUUGGAUUUUGAGGAUAUCUUAGGAUAUUACACGUGUGUCCGUUAAAUAACAUUUAUAUUAUAUGCCACGUUUGUAGUAUUCUCUAGUUGUGGCCAAACGUUUAAAUUCCUUUUAAACUUGGAUUUUGAGAAUAAAUAAGGAUCAUACACUUAUGCCCGCCAAAUGCCAUUUAUCCUAUACCACGUUUUUUGUUUUGGUUUUUUUUUUUUGUCCAGUGAUGGCGUCGACUCUGACAGAGGAUCACCUGACGUGCACGAUCUGCUACAGUCCGUUCUGUGAGCCCAAGACGCUGCAGUGUCUCCACAGCUUCUGUCACAACUGCAUUCAGCAGUACAUCAACCACGCCGCCAAGGUGCGCGGCUUCCCGUGUCCGGUUUGCAGGGAGAUCACCAUGCCACCAGACUCCAUGCAGCCGAAAUGCCAGUGGGCCAGUCAGCUCAAGACUGACUUCAAACUGAAGGGCAUUCUCGAAGCUGUAAAUCAGAUUGAGAAAGACUUUACGUCCACUGGCAAUGUGUGCCUGACUGGUUCAGAUGAGUCUGGAGAUGACCUAGAUGACAGGACCAGUCAGCUGAAGAAACUGAUUUCGGUAUCUGACCAGCUCAAGGCAUCAGUCACCGUCCUCAGAGAGCAGAUAGACAAAAGAGAGGGAACUCUUCACAAAAUGGAAGAGGACAAGGGGAUUGCCGAAGCCGGCAUCAAGUGUACAGCAAACGCUAUCAUCGAAGAGAUCCUCACCAAGGAAGGGAAUCUGCUGGAGACCCUGUGGAUGACGUAUGAUGAUCACAAGGUGGAGAUAGAGCAACAGAUCCAAGACAGACAGGAGAUUCUGGUGGAAGUGCAGGAUUCGCUGGGACUUGUGGACCGACUCUUGUCACCAGGUUCUGAAUAUGCGACAGGAGAAUACCUUCCACAGUUGCUGAACCAACAAGAGGACGCAGCAGAAUUCCUCGCUCAGUGUUCGCAUUCUGACGUGCCAUCAUCCGUGGAUUUUACCUUCAUACCAAACCCGUCCUUCAAAGAGACUGUUAUAGACACAAAACUCGGCGUGUUGAGACUGAUCGGGCCCUCGGGGCGUUUACUUUCGCCCAUACCGUCCAACAAUGUCACGAUAAGUUCGGGUUUAUCGUUCAGAUCGGUGUCUCCUUUUCCUGACACUGACUCUCCAGUACCUUCUGAAGAACCAUCACAAGCUGGAUUUUCACCAGGUUUGCUAAGGAUUCCCGAAGUGUCUGAUAAUAGGAGUCUGUACUCGUCUAAUAACAGAAUAGAUGCCUUUGGCAGAGAAUCUCCCACUGUGUCACUCUCGGUGGAUCGUGUCAUGCUACAGAAGGUCUUGUCAACAAGACUCCAUGAAGAUGAGAAUGUGCCAUACCCAUGCGGCAUGGUGGUACUCGACGAUAGUAAUGACAGGACUGUGAUCGUGGUGGUGGACUCGGAUAACGAAUGUGUGAAGUCAUUUUAUGAUGAAAACGGUCAGGAGAAAAACCAUCGCUUGAAGCUGGACAAUGCUUCACUUUGUAUCGCCAAGCUUUCCUCUGAUAAAGUGGCUGUCGGUGUUCUUUCCUUUAAAAUAUGCAUCAUCAGCGUUUCGCCAGAGCUGAACAUUAUCUCCACGAUUGAUACGGAGAGCGUGUACGACUCUCUGGCCGUCCUGAAGAAGCAGGAGAAACUGUUCAGCUUUAUAAACAUCUCACACACCACUGUGUUCACCGCAAAGGAUUCCAAAAUCGAAUGCUUCACAUUCAAGGACGGCAAGCUGAAAAACCCGGUCAAACUUAACCCAUCUUUUACGUUAUCCAGAAUAACCUCCCUUUGCGCGACGCCAUCUGGGGACAUUAUCGUCUGCGAUGCCAACCUGGGAUCGGUUUAUUGCAUGAAACUGUCCGGUGACGCCCGAUGGCAUUACCAACAGACCGACGACUUGGAUAACGGAUCUCGUACCUCGGCGCCGACCAGUGUGGCGUGCGACAAGCAGGGAAACGUUUACCUGGUGAGCAAAGAGAACCACACCAUUGUCAAAGUGGCUCCCAUGGGAGAUGAAAACCAGGUCGUGGCCACAAGGCAGACCGUGCAGAGUCCAGUGGCGAUCGCCAUUGGCAGUAAUGGACAGCUGUUCGUGUUGCAGCAAAACGGAGACCUCAAAUUCAUGACCAUAUCGUAAAGCUGAAUAUAUAUAUAUAUGUUUGCAAAGGUGUUAUCCAGAUCCGGACAUUUAUUGUACAUGUAUUUAAUGACAUUAUUUCUAGUAUAUGUUGUAUAUUUUUUUACAUUAAAUAUUCUUACACAACCAUGUGAGAGAUCAUCCGUUUCGUCCAUAAGCGUACGAGACCGAUACUCUCCCCUUUCCCCACACCCCUACACCCACUUCUGCAAGAGAAAACCUCAAAUUUGAGCAAAACAAUCGACUUAUUCGCGGAAAUUGUGCAUACCUGAGACCUUUUUACCAUGUAUUUCCAUCAUUUUACAAGCAAAAUUAGCUGUAAUCCAUGUAGAAAUGCGUAGUAGUUCGUUUGUAAUCCUAUAUAGCAGUUUGGCAGUAACGCUAUUAUGAAUAAAUGUUAUCCAAAUU